AUGGCUAAGGGCCUGUCAACACUUCAAGAGCUGGAGUAUGGAUCAGUAACAUCAAUAGAUGAGGAACUGGUUGAAAGUGAUGGAAAUGAACUGCAAAAUGUUGGAAAAGCAGAAGGAGUGUAUGUAGUUAGCUCUGAGGAUGGAAGUAGCCACAUGGUGGCUAUUACAGCAAGUUUCUUGAAGGGUGGGUAUGAGGAUGGACUGAGACUUUUUGGAGUGCACAAGAGUGAUGUGUUUGAGUCACAUGUUGCUGUUAUUGGAGGCACUGGGAAGUACUAUGAUGCUAAUGGCUUUGNUGNAGUUAAGGUUGUGCACAGAGUAGGAUCUAGUUCUAAAGAUNGAAAAGUNACAAGUUCAAAGUUCCUCUUGUUUGAUGUGUACCUUAGUUAAUUAUAAGCAUCUAUAAAGUACAUAAAUGUUAUGAAAAUCAAUGAAGCAUAUGUUUUCUCUUUA